GCUAGGUUUUGUGUUAAUAAUUGAGUUAUAAUUCGUUUGAUCUCUUUGGCGGAAGUGAAUUUAGUAUCCCUUUGUCGUACAUCGUUGUCGUCGCUAUUCUAGUUCGCUCUUCUCUCCCACUUCUGUCGCUUUUCCGUUCCAGCUAGGCAAGCUUUGUUCAAGGACUUUGCUUUCGCUCCGAAAAAAUACUGUCUUUGACUUGACCACCAGCUAUCUUCUUUUCACACACAGAGGAUGGUGGGAUCCCGAGUUUAUGUCGGCGGCUUGCCCUACGGCUGCAGGGAGCGGGACCUCGAGCGUUUCUUCAAAGGAUACGGGAGGACGAGGGACAUCCUUUUGAAAAACGGCUACGGUUUCAUCGAAUUUGAUGAUUAUCGAGAUGCCGACGAUGCAGUUUAUGAGUUGAAUGGAAAAGAACUAUUGGGUGAAAGGAUAGUCGUAGAACAUGCAAGGGGUAAUGCUAGACGAGGAGGUGGGGGCGGUGGGGAUCGCUAUGGCGGAGGGGGCGGCGGUGGAGGCGGAGGCCGAAGCCGUCGUGGCGGUGGUGGUUGGUACAAGGAGCCUGAAUUCCGCAGUAGUGACAGAUAUGGACCUCCUACAAGAACAGAUUACAGACUGAUCGUUGAGAAUCUUUCAAGCAGGGUUAGCUGGCAGGAUUUAAAGGAUUAUAUGAGGCAAGCUGGUGAAGUGACAUACGCAGAUGCUCAUAAGGAUAGGAGAAAUGAAGGGGUUGUUGAGUUUGCAACACUUUCUGACAUGAAAAACGCUCUAGACAAACUUGAUGAUACAGACUUAAAUGGGAGGCGCAUCAAACUCGUAGAAGACAGGCGUAGGACAAGGAGGUCCCGUUCAUCCAGUUCCAGGUCAAGAUCCCGUUCACGCUCACGUAGGCGCUCCCGCUCAAGCAGGCGAAGCUCCAGAAGUCGCAGCAGGAGGAGCAGUAGGUCCAAGUCUAGAGCCAAGUCUGGUUCAAGGUCCAAGUCACGAUCCAAAUCGCAUGAUAGAAAAUCAAAAUCAAGGUCACGAUCGAAAUCGCAGGACAAGAAGAUGUCUAAAUCCCGGUCUCGCUCUGUUGACAAACGUGAUGAUUCAAUGGAUCGUUCUGGAAGCAAGGACAAGUCCAAGUCAAGGAGUAGAUCUGUUGAAAAGAACGGAGAUCAGUCGCCAGAUCCAAAAGACGAUUGAACCAAACUGUUUGCCAUAACAGAAAACCCACAUUUGACAUCCAGUUUAUAAUGACAUUAGUUUCAUUAUUGCUAUUUUAUUUUUAUUUUCUUAAUAAUUUUGAUUUUUUGUGUUAGUAUAAUAAAAUUUAAAUGCAAUUUAAGGGAAAAAAUGUGAAAAGUGUUUUAGAGGGAGGGAGGGAUUGGAAUAACUCCUAUGAAGGCUGGUUAUUGGGUCCAUAGCGAGGCAAGUCGGUUUUUCUGACUCGUCAGAGAGCCAUUUUUAAAUGAUUCAAGAAUUUAACAAACAAUUACUAUAAAUCAUAAGCGUAGAUGUGUAUUGUCGGUGCAUUUUUUUAUUUUUUAUAAUUUUAAACAAUAAACAAUCAUUUAGUUUGGCAAUGGAUGUCGUUUACUUUUCCAAUAUAUAAUUGGAAUAUAGGGUUAUUUUUUCAAUAUUCACAUGAUUUAGAAAAAAGAGGAAAAAAACGAGAAUACCAAUAUGGAUUUUGAAAAAUAUGUGUAUGUAUAUAAAGCAUUUUUGAAAAGCUUGA